CUAUUAAAUCCAAAUCGAAAGUAUCGGAAUAAUCUUUAGAAAAACGGAAAGUAAAGAAGUAGAACAGCAAUUAUAGAAUAUCAAAUCUUUAAACGGUAAACUGAACAUAGGUCCACGAAGUUUAGUUCCAGAUAGAAAAGAGACCAUCAACUGCGAUCUGCGAAUCAUCAAGUUACUAAUUUUUGAUGGGCGAGAAAUACUGUAUUUUACUUCCCACUUACAACGAAAAGGAUAACUUACCCAUUCUCAUAUGGCUCAUCAUGAAGUAUAUGAAUCAAAGCGGUUAUGAGUUUGAGGUUGUUAUAAUUGAUGACAACAGUCCAGACGGCACUCUUGAGGUGGCAAAAGAAUUGCAAAAUAUUUAUGGUGAAAAAAAAAUUAUCUUAAAACCACGUUCUGGUAAAUUAGGUUUGGGUACAGCUUAUAUAUACGGCUUAAAAUACGCCACCGGGAAUUUUGUAAUUUUAAUGGAUGCAGACUUAAGUCAUCAUCCUAAAUUUAUACCAGAUUUCAUUCAGCUUCAAAAGGAGCGUGACCUUGAUAUCGUCUCAGGCACACGCUAUAAGGAUGGAGGUGGUGUUUGUGGUUGGGAUUUUAAACGUAAAUUAAUAUCUCGAGGUGCUAACUUUCUAUCGCAAUUACUGUUACGGCCUAAUGCUUCCGAUUUAACUGGCUCCUUUCGUUUAUACAAAAAAUCGGUAUUGGAAAAGUGCAUUGCCAGUUGCGUUUCUAAGGGUUAUGUUUUUCAAAUGGAAGUGCUAGUGCGGGCUCGACAAUAUGGUUUUAGUAUUGGAGAGGUACCCAUAACAUUUGUAGACCGUUUGUAUGGCACUUCUAAGUUGGGAGGUGCAGAAUUUAUACAAUUUGCAAAGAAUUUAUUCUACUUAUUUGCCACGACCUAGAAGCACUAGAUAAUAGUGCGAACAAAACAUUCCUAUUUAGAUAAUGCAUGGAAAUUCACUCGCAAUUUAUUAAGUAAAUAUUUAAGAAGGAUAAGCGAAGAAUUUGCGAAAACAAUAACUACGAAAUAAAUAAGAAAUUUAUAAAUUACGUUCGUGGUCUGCCAAAAACGUGAUACGUCAAUUAUAUACAUUUGAAAUAAAUACCGGAUGUAUGUAUUUGUAUAUGUAACAUUUCUGUAAUAGAGAAGAAUCAAACCUUUGUAAUAAUUUCUGACUACGCUAUUGCGGUUAAGAUGCAAUAAAUGGAAUGUUAAUAGAAUAAAAAGUAUUAUUUAUUAUAGAA